AUGGAAUCCAAUGAACUCGAAAAGGAACAAAGGCUGGUACUAGCUCCAGCUAGUGUAGCCGUAAGUAAUGUGGACAAGAGCUCACAGCCCAUCAAGGGUAUCAGUGGACUUGCAAAUGAACAAGGGCUGGAACUAGCCCAUGAUUACGAUGACGAGGAUUGGACUUUCCAUGUGUUUCUAUGGGGCUCGAGAAGUGCAGCUGUUGCAUGGGAUUGUCUUAGUUUGCCGUGUUCUGAAGGUAGGCUGGGCCUUCGGGACCUUAAGACGUGGAAUUUUGCUUUACUAGCCCGGACACUUUGGAACAUACAUGCCAAGAAGGAUACCUUGUGGUUCCGUUGGGUACAUCACAUAUACCUUAAGCAUAAAUAG